AUGAGUGAGAAUUUAACUGAUAAAUGUUUGCAAAUGGCUACAACUGAUUUUGUUAAUAAUUUAAAAAGUUUAUCUUUGUAUCAAACAACAAAUCAAUAUUCUAAUACAAUUCAAUAUUUAACUACUCAAUUAAAAUAUGCUACACUAAAUGGAUUAACAGAAAAUAAAUCACUUGGUCUUGCUAUUGUAGAUAAUUUUUAUCGAAUAGUUUCAAUUUUUGAUAAAAAAUUAUUAGAUAAUAAUGAAAAUUCUUAUCAAACAAAUUUAUUUUUAGAAGUAUUAUCUAAUGCAUUUCAUGGUUUAUGUUUAUUAGAAUUAUUUAUUUCAAUUAAAGAUUUAUAUUGUACUGAAAUUAUUUUUCAUAAUUAUUUAACCUUUACUUAA